CGAUGAAAAGCACUAGCCAAUAGAUGAAUGUAGACAACAAUUAUUUAUGAUUAAGGACCACUUGCCAAUUACUCACACAAGGAAAAAAUGGGUCCGACGAUUGAAGCCGGCGGAGCUGAGGCCCCUCUCCUCCCGGAUCGCCACCAAGAUGGUUCGGAGAAGCGGCCAUCGCUUCCCGGGGCCGUCUUCAAUGUGGCGACAAGCAUCAUCGGCGCCGGGAUCAUGUCCAUUCCCGCCACUCUCAAAGUCCUCGGUGUUAUUCCAGCCUUUUUGAUGAUUGUUUUGAUAGGCGUAGUGGUUGAGAUAUCUGUCGAGUUCAUGUUGCGGUUCACUUACUCCGGCGAGGCGCGGACCUACGCCGGACUCAUGAGGGAGUCGUUCGGCCGCUGCGGCGCCAUCGCUGUCCAGAUAUGUGUUAUGAUCACCAAUCUUGGUUGCCUCAUCAUGUACCUCAUAAUCAUCGGGGAUGUGCUGUCGGGAACCGGGGCGGAUCACCUGGGGGUUUUGCAGGAAUGGUGUGGCGUCCAUUGGUGGAACACGCGUGCCGUCGCCCUCCUCUUCAUAACCGUUUUUGUCAUGCUUCCGCUUCUCUUGUAUCGUCGUGUAGAAUCACUAUGGUUGAGUUCAGCAAUAUCAGUUCUACUAGCAUUCGUGUUUGUCGGAAUAUGCACGGUGAUGGCCAUCACGGCCCUCAUCCAAGGGGAAACACAGACUCCAAGAUGGCUUCCUGACUUGGACGGCGGAGUCUCCUUCUUCAACCUCUUCACCGCUAUCCCCGUCAUCGUCACAGCCUUCACCUUCCACUUCAAUGUUCAUGCUAUCGGAGUGGAACUAGGGAAGCCUUCUGACAUGAUGAAAGCUGUGAGAAUCGCUCUUAUACUAUGCGCUGCGAUCUACUUUGCUAUUGGGAUAUUUGGUUACCUCCUUUUCGGGGAGGGAACCAUGGACGACAUACUAGUGAACUUCGACCAGAGCUCAGGCUCAGGCUUAGGCUCGUUGCUGAACGACGCUGUUCGUUUGAGCUACGCUCUUCACCUCAUGCUCGUCUUCCCGCUCUUGAACUUCUCAUUGAGAGCCAACAUCGACGAGUUCCUCUUCCCAAAGAAGCCUCAUUUGGCCGUGGACAACAACAGAUUUGUUGCACUCACUCUUGCCUUGGCUGCUUUGUCCUACAUUUUGUCAAUAGCUAUUCCUAGUAUUUGGUACUUGUUCCAGUUCAUGGGAUCGACUUCCGCCGUCUGCCUCGCCUUCAUUUUCCCUGGUGCCGUUGCAUUGAGAGAUAUUCGUGGAAUUUCUACAACGAGGGACAAGAUUGUAGGCACGAUUAUGAUAAGUCUUGCAGUGAUUACAAGCUGUGUUGCUAUUUCAACCAAUAUAUAUAACAUGGUUGUAUAAGUGUACCAUUGUUUGCUUCCUCCUCUUUUUUUGUAUUUAUUGUUGGAAAUAUAGUUAAAGUAGCUGGAUAUUUUUGGCCUACAAUUAUCCAUUAUAUACUCGUCAUUUGUAUAUGUGGGACUGAGAUGCAGUAUUAUAGUACUAGUUGAUAAUUGGCUUGGA